AUGCCUUUCAAAGACGCCCUCGCACAUUUCAAAGCACAGAUCAAGGACCUCCAGCAGGAAGGGCAGAAGAUUCUGUCUGGCGGUGGCGGCCAGCAGCAGCAGCAGCAGCACUAUCCACCGCCUCAACAACAAUAUCCUGGCGCACAGCACCAGCACCAGCAGCCACCGCCGCCGAUCCCUCAAGCCACUCGUCCCAACCAACAGCAAUAUCAACCACAAUUCCAUCCACCGCAGCAGGGCCAGGGCCAGCAGCCAUUCCCGCCACAGCAACCGACGACAUACUGGCAGGCCCGGCUCGACCCAGGGCUACCGGUCAGCGCCGAGUGGGAGCACAAGCUGGGCAAUAACAACGGAUGGGGCAACAAUGAGGUAGAGCAUUACACGGCCGAAGGGGAGAAUUCGUUCUUCACUCCGAACAACCUGCUGGUGCUGCGCGCCAUCUCGUCGCCCAACCACCCAGACGCCGCGAAGAAGUACACGUCGGCGCGGCUGGUGUCGCGACAGCGCCUCUCCCGCCCGCGGGGCAGCCUGGUGGCGACGCUGACGCUGCCGUGCGCGGCGGGUAUCUGGCCGGCGUUCUGGCUGCUGCCGUACGAGCCGUUCGCCUGGCCGACCGACGGCGAGGUGGACAUUGCCGAGACGUGGAACGGCGACGGCGUCAACCACUCGUGCCUGCACUGGGGGUUCUACACGCCGCAGGACACCAACAAGCACCGCGUCGUGGCCACCCCCGUGUCGGGCAUGGCUACCGGCCGCCCCGUGCGCUUCGAGUUCGCCUGGAUGCAGGACCCCGGAACGCGACAGGGGAGACUCCUCUGGUGGAUCGACGGCCAGGCCGUCAUGAAGGCCCCCAUCCCCCAGGGCACGCGGCCCAUGGCCGACUUCGUCGUCCUCCUCAACGUCGCCAUGGGCGGCAACGUCUGCGCCGGCCAGCUGCCCCGCGAGGGCGCCUAUGACAUGGUGGUGCACGAGAUGAAGAUGAUGGAGGAGCCCGAGGCCGGCGGGUGGGCGCGCUUCGAGAGGGACUGGAGCUGGGUCCGCAAGGGCAAUAUGAUCUGA